CACUUAUCAGGCGUUGUCGUACUGUGCCCGGGCGGUGACGUGACUAAAUUUACACCGCCUUUUUGGGACGCGUGAGCCGAGAAAACAAUCACUCCAACUUUACUGUUGCUACGCGCGGCUCGAAAUUGUUAUUACUUGUGGCUUCGGUCGCAUGUUUCAUCACAACAUUCAAUCCCCGAGUGUCAUUAAAGUGCUAUCAAUGAAACAUUUCGAAUCGGACGAGGAGGAAGCAGAGCAUCCGAAUGGUUACCAGAAACAGCUGAGGCAGCGGGCCAACCAAAGCCUACAGCAGCUCAGCGACGCUCUGGAGCAGCUCCACCACGAUGACGAUGAGGAAGAUGAGCCGAUCAGAUGCGGCGGUGGCAGUGAUGGCACCCUCGCCUCCACAUUGGAGAAGGACCGACCUGUGUGGUGCCAGAAGAAACAAAGCGAAGCAGUCAAUCAGCUGAAGAGCCUCCUGUUGAAGCAGGGCAAGGAUAUGCCUGCUCCCCUCUCUCUUUCAAAGGACCUGGUCCCAGUGACUCAAAACCCGCCAGACUACAUCCAACACCUGGAGGCUGAAGUCCGAUUCUGCAAAGAGGAGCAGCAGGAGCUCAAACGGCGCAUCCGAGUGGUGGUGGUGGAGAAUGAGAAACUGCGUGCAGAGCUCAAGACCAAACAUGUCGAUGUGUCUCCAAAGGACAACCACAUCCUUUCAAACCGCACGGUGCAUGAAAAUAUGGCAGGUGACGGUCCCGGUCCCCAGGGAGGGGAGAAUCACACAGCAUGGAAACAUGAGCUGGAAGAAUUGAAGUUGAUGCAUCAGGCCCAGAUCGAAAGACUUGAGGCUCAGGUCAUCUCUCACAGGCGGGAUCUUGCGCUCAGUCAGAAGGAGUGCGAGCAACUGACCGGCCAUCUGAGACGUAGCGAGAAGGAGGCGGCGGCGCUGCGGGCAGACGCUGCGCCGCGUGUGGCCGCCUCGUGUCUGAAGUGCGCGCAGGAGGCGGCGUUCUCGGCCGGCGCUCCCGCCACUGCGCACGGCCAGUUUGUGGACCGACUCGCCAAGUGAGUAAAGUCAGCGCAGUACGG